GGGUCUUCGGCGCCCUCUAUUCGUGCGCCUGCGCGCUGCUGGAGCGUUGUCCGUUUCUUCGUCUGGAAGGACGUUGGUGUUGAGGAGAACAUAGCCACCAUGUCUUCCGGUGCUUUGACAAAACCUCAGAUGCGUGGCCUUCUGGCCAAGCGCCUGAGAUUUCAUAUUGUUGGAGCCAUCAUUGUAUCCCUGGGGGUUGCAUCUUUCUAUAAGUUUGGUGUGGCUGAACCAAGAAAGAAGGCAUAUGCAGAUUUCUACAGAAAUUAUGAUUCAAUGAAAGAUUUUGAGGAGAUGAGAAAGGCUGGUAUCUUUCAGAGUGCAAAGUGAUCUUGGAAUGUAAAGAAUUUCUUUGGGUUGAAUUCCAUGGAAGUUUCUUAUUGACCUGUGUUCCUGAACUAUGAACCAUGAAUAUUUGAGCUGAGGAAUAAUUUCUCUUGAUAAAUAAACAAUUAAAUACUGUGGACAGUAA